GUUUAAUACGGAAUGCGCUGAGUCAGUUGUUAUAUUGCUCCUUAUUGAUGCAUUGCGAAGGUGAGCAGAGCUUGAGAGCGGGCUCUUAAAAUAUGCUGGUUAAAUGAAGAUUUCUAUCUUUUCUGACAGUUGGACUUAUCGUUGACUGCUGUGGUGUAACCAUGUAGCGGCGAAUUAUAGUUCAAAACAUGUUAGAAAUGCUUCAACUCCUGGUUAUGUCCCUCCAUUAAUUCGUGGACUCAGUUUGGAAGACCCAUUAAAGUGUGCAUCACUGUCUAUUUCCAAGCACAAGAGGAAUCAGUCAUGUGUGCGUGUUAAUCUUGGAUUUAAUGAUACGAGUUCAUUGGAUUCAAUAUUUUCCCAACCAGCUAUUAGUAGUAUAGUAGUAGUAUUGCUCAUAAAAAAGGAUCAACAAUGGUCACACCAUCAACUCCGACACCAACCCCAACAAAAAUACCAACAUCAUUGAUAAACAACACAAAUGAUAAAGCAAAUCGUUGUAAAUCAUCCACUGUACCUAAUGUUAUCAGAAUUGUUCGUAAAAGUUAUGAUACAUUAGAUGUUGGUAAAAAUUGUCAUGAGAAACACUUGAAAGCUGAUGCAGAAUUGAUUGCUCAACAGAUCACUUUAAUUGAACUGAAAUAUUUUCAAGCAAUAGAAGCAGAUGAAUUUUAUACACUCAAAUGGAAUAGUAAAGAAAAAAUGCAAUAUGCACCAAAUAUUGUUGCAUCAACACGAUGGUUCAAUCAGAUCAUAUUCUGGGUUCAAAAAGAUAUCCUGAACGAGAAAAAUUUAUCGAAACGAACAGAAAUAAUGUCACAUUUUAUACGGAUAGCAAAAAAAUUGGUUGAUAUGAAUAAUUUUUCAUCAGCAAUGGCUAUUGUCUCCGGUUUACAUGUACAGUGUAUUUAUCGUUUGAAUGCUACAUGGUCUAAUUUAUCAUCACGUGAUCGACAUACAUUUCGUAAAUUGGCUGAUCUGUUCUCACAAGAGCAUAAUUAUGUCAAUUUGCGUACUGCUGUAGAUAAUGCACGUCUUCCAUGUAUACCAUAUUUAGGUGUCUUCCUAGGAGAUUUAACAUUUAUUGAUGUAGCUGCUUCGUCUGUAGCGACAUCAUCAAGUCAUCGUGAGAAUAGUUCAUGGGAUAGUCAAGGCAGACAAGAUCGAAUGAAUAAUAUACUUCGCAUUAUUGCUAAUUUUCAACAAUCAAAUUAUUCUUUUAUUCGAAAUGAAUCAGUGGCAAGUUAUCUAGAAGCUCAACGAUAUAUUGAAGAGCUUCAACGUUUCAUUGAAGAUGCAAAUUAUAAACUAUCACUUCAACUGGAACCAUUAUCUCCACCUGAUACCUAUUGUUCUACAGAUCCAUCAUAUUGUAUUCCAUUGAAUAAUAAUCUCUUCGUUAAUUCUACACAUAAUAUACUUGAACCUGUACCGGUUUAUAAUUGUACAACAACAACAACCUCGACAACAGUAACGUCAACAACGUCUACUUCGAAUGUUUCAAGUACGCCUGUCUCGUGUAAUAAAGUCUCUAGUCCAAAUGGUGGUGGUACACGUAAACAAAACAAAAAUAGCGCAGAUGGUAUGAAAAUAAAGAAAUCUUUAUCUCCAUUAUGUGAUCUACUUACUGCACCACCAGCUAUACCUCCUCCUCCUCCUCCACCGCCGCCUCCACCACCUCCAGUAACUGCUAGACACCUCCGGGAACCAUCAACAACACCACGUGUAAAUAUAACUUCUCAACUGUCAGCACCGAAUUCAGUACAACGUCCUCGAAAUCGACCAACGCAUAGAAGAUUAGGCAGUUGGGCAGGUGUUGGAGUGUUAUCCUGUGAUAAUUAUUUAACACCGACAAACGAAGAAUUUGUUCAUGAUGUUGCGAAACCAGAUCUGCUUGAAUCUGAGAGGACACAACAAUCUUCUCUGUCUGUUCGAUCGUUAGACACUUCUGGUAGUCAACUUCUGUCUCAUUCACCUAUUCAAAGUAGACACAUGAAAUUAUAUCCUAAUAAUCUUGAAUCGUCUAUGAAACAUGCAUCGCCAAAUUCCACUUCUCCUCGUCUUAUUACCAAUAGAUCUUCACCACGAUUACUUGAUAAACGUGUUAUUGGUAAUAAUAUUAGAGCAGGAGGAGGAAAGGGAAGAGGAGGAACCAGACAACAACAUUUAACCGCUUGUAGUGGUGGUGGCGGUGAUGAUGAUGGUAAUUUCACUGUAGAACAACAAUUGAAUUCUGCCUCAUCGACAUCAACUUCACAAUUUGAUGAUUUAACUGUUGGUCGUCAAACUUCUGCUUCUUCAUCAUCAUCUUCUUCCUCUUUAGUCAAUCGUCAAUUAUCCAUUGAUAAUAAUAAACAAUCAUCAAAAAUGAUCAAUAAUAAAAGUAUUUAUAGAAAUCAAUCAAUUCCAAUAAAUUUAAUCAAUAUUCAGUGUUGUAAAUCUUCAUCUCCAAUAAGAUCACCAUUGAAAUCUACCUCUGGAUUCCAUGAUUUUAAUGCACCAAUGAAAUCUUCAUCUAUCUGUCAUCAAAAUAAUCAAUUAUCAAAUUCAUCAUUUUAUCCUCCUCCUCCCCCUCCUGUUGUUGUUGAUGUUGAUGCUGAUGAUGGAUCCAAUAGAAAAUCAAUACCUGUGACACCAAAUCAUUCCACUAAAAGCCAUCCACAUUGUAUAUUAUUAUCAUCAUCAUUAUCAUCAUCGUUAUCUUCAAAUACCAAAGUAUCAAAUUCUGUCAGCAAUACAACAAUAACAACACCAACUACUACUACUACUGUUACUCCUCUUAUCAGUAGUAUCAAAAAGCCUUCUGUCGCCAGACGAUUAUUUCAUGAUUGCCUACCGUCUUCUUCUCCUCCCCCACCCUGUCCUCAUCAAUCGCCUCUGUCAUCACUAUUACAACAGACAGGAAGAAUACAAACCACUUCAUCGUCAUUAUCAUCCAAUGUAUCCAAUUUACCUCAAUCAUCAUCACCUGCUGCACCUAUAACUCUAACCAUGAAUGAAGGAUCAGAUUUAUCGCCUUUAAAACCUUCCGUAUCUCCUACAUCAUCAACGCCAUCAUCAUCAUUAUUAUUAUUCCCUUUAGCGUCUCCGAUAUUGUCUAAAACACUUGUAAAUGAUAUGCUAGAUCAUGGUACACCAAUUAAGAAGGCACAUCCUUCUUCUUCUGCUUCUUCUCCUUCGUCAUCGCCAUUUUAUGCUUAUUCACGCUGUCUUUCAUCACAAACCCUUCCAGGGACAUUGUCCAUUACUACUACUACCACAACAACAACUACCACUGCUACUACUACAAAAAUGAAAUGCCCAUCUUUAUGUGUACCUGAUUUACCCUUAUCAUCACCAUUGCCGGCAGCAUUUCAGUUUUCGACACAAAUAAUGCCACCGCCGCCACCUCCCCCACCUCUGUACCACUCUCAACACCCACAGAAACAUCAACUAUCAAAUUCUAUUCAUCAUCAUCAUCAUCCGCUAUCACAUUUAGCCUUGGCAGCUUUAGCAGCUGUUCAAGUCAACGCGAUUAAUGAUGAUAACAGAAAUCAAUAUUCUCCUGUAUAUAAUAAAAAUGUAUCAACAGAGACAAUGAUGAUGAUGACGCCGAUGGUGAUGAAUUCUCCUCAAUCUCAUCGUUACAGUUUAUCAUCUUCUCUAGUGAAUUCAAUCUAUUCAGUCAAUAUGGAAUUAAUGCAUAAUAAUUGGUUGAAGGUGAUUCGAGAAGGUCCUUUAUUGUGUUGUCCUGUUUCGUUGAGUUCAUUUCAAAAAGCUCAAUCAUACAAUAAUGCUGCACCGCCUAGUACAUCUCCAACUCUUACUUCAAAGCAUCAUUAUAAUUUGUUUAAAUCUUCAAUAUUAUAUCAAAAUUUAAAUCCUUCAACGCCUGAAUUACAUCGUAUAAAAAUUAGUGAUAAAGAAACAUUGAAUGUUUCACCAAUAGGUAAAUCACAAGGAAGAAGAAGAAGAAGGAAAUCUGAUCAGCCUACAAAGAUGAUUAUUCAUGACAAUCACGUGAAUUCAUCUUCUCCCCCUCUUCUGCCUCCUCCUGUUCCUUCUACUAAGCAUAAUUUAAGUGUACCUCCGACUCCAUAUUCAAAAUCUUCUAUAUCUUCUUCUUCUUUUUUAAUGAUGGAAUCCACUUCAUCAAUGUUGUCAUCAACAUCUUCCGUCUGUGAUGAUUCGCUUUCCUCUUCGCUUUCUGCUUCUGCCUCUUCUAACGACGACAACUCCCUAGCAUCAUUGGAUGAUAAUCGUCAAAUGCUUUACCACAAAAGAAUUGGACAGUCUUUAUCAAAUCUAAAUGAUUCCUCUCAUUUCCCAUAUUCAUAUACUACGGCUACUACUAAUACUACUAAUAAUGAUGAUUGUAAGUACUAUAAAAAAUCAAUAAUUCCACAAAUAUUUUAUAAACAUAAAUAUAAACAUUAUUGGGCUGUGCUUAUUGUUUCAUCAUCAUUAUCGUCCAAUUCUUCGCCUGGUUGUGCUUAUUUAGUUUUGUUUAAAAAGUAUCCAAAACAAAUUCAUCAUCAGCAUCAUUGUGAACAAGGCGAACGCCAACAUCAGCAGCAGCAACAAUCAUCAUUCAAACAGAUUUUCUCUUGGUCUUUAUCAUCCCCAGUUUCUACUUUUAAUCGGUAUAAAUUUUUCCCUAAAACACCAUCAUAUAAAAAUUUGCUCAAUUCACCUGAUCAUUUUUCAGCUAGUCGGUGUAAAAUCAUUCGUAUACAGGAAGCAUGUUUCGACAAUCAUCAGUUUCUUCAAUCCCUCAAUCAUAAUUAUCAUUAUUACAAUCCAUGUGUACUUGUUUUAGCUGCAUCACCAUCAUCAUCAUCAACAACAGCAGCAGGUCAUUUAACCAAACCAAAAGUUUAUCGAUUCAUGUGUCAUACAUCACACCAUCUCAACAAUUUCAAAGAUUCAAAUGAUAAUUCAUCGAAAAGUACUCCAACACAUAUACAACAUCAGGUCACAUCUGAACUAGAAUCAUCACAGUUGUUGUCUGAAACUCAGGCUACAAGCAAUGCAGCAUAUCACAUUCCAUCUUGGUCAUGGACUAUGAGAACUACUCGACGAUUAACUCAAGCAAUUAAACAGAAAUUAAGCACAAUGACACCAAAAAAGCCUCAAUCAACCACCAAGUGUACAAAAAGAGAAACUGCUGAGUAUAACUCAUCAUCAGCACAGAAUCAUUCAAACAGAUUACUGCACUGGCUUCCUCUACUACUUACAUUAUUUCCUAAUAACGACAACAAGACCUAAUAAUGACCCACUGUUUGUUGUAAAUCAACCCCCCCCCCCUAAUGAGAUGAAGUGAUUUUUCCCUUUUUUUUAAAAAAUUCUUAUUCAAGCAUUUUUUUCACCCUUGUACAAAUCUAUCUCUUUUCACAUUUGUAUAGUCUUAAAGCGGUUUGAUUUUCUUUCUACAGUUUUGUUGUUUGUUUUUUUGUUUAUGAUUUUGCACAUUUUUCUUUUUUGGGGGGAGAUGAAUUUGUACAUUUGACGCAGAUGAUGUUAUACGCACAUCCGACCUACCGACCUACCUACCUUUCUAUGUGAUUUACAUCCUCCCCAUAAUAUCUUUUUUGU